UUUCGUUUUCUUUUCGCAAAUUUUUUGCGGUGAUUGAUUGAUGAGUUGAAUUUAUUUGGGGGUGUGAUUUUCGAAGAUUUAUACAAUUAUUAUUUAUAAUGUUAAAUUAAAAGUUGUCUCAUGUUAGUUAUAUUUUUGUGAUGGAUCCACCAACGAGUAAGGCUCGUUACCGACGCGCCAAGCUGUGUGUGCUUGGUGCGGUGAACGCUGGCACCUUCGCAGCCGCAGUCAACCUCGUGCUAACCCUCGACCCUGAAGACAGGAUAUCAGUGAAGCGCGGUUGUGCGCUGACAGCUCUAGGCUUCGUCUACUUUAUGUCGCUGUUCGAGUUAUUCACGUUCGCGGCGCUGUUCACCACGUCGGGAUCCCGGCUGCGGCACAAGUACCGUCUCAACUGCGGUGAUGUCCUCGAUAUUAAUAACAAGUUGGUGUCUGCGGUGCAGGCGGCGCUGUGUUGUGUGACAGGCGCUGUGGUGUGUCUGUGGUCUUGUACGAGAGAUUUCAUGCGCUCAUCACACUUCAUGUCAGAGGCCUACGCAUGGUUCGGAGCUGCGUACUUCUUCUAUGAUAUCUGGUCUAUGUAUUUGGUACACGUAAGACAAAUGGGAUUUUCGAAGAGCAAGUUAUCAAACGAUAAAGUGAAAUCUUUAAACGAAGCCCCUAAGAAUGUAGAAGGCUCAGAUGCUCCUAAAAACGUGGAAGGUUCUGAUGCUUUGACGACUACAUCAUUAGAGGAUGUUGGUUGUAUGGGUCCUAAGAAACAUAAACGAGGUCCUAAAUGUGCUGCAUGUGGGGACUGUUUAGGAGAAGGAGUUAAUGUUAUCUCUUUCUUCUCUUAUUGUCGUCACGAACCUGUCAUACUUUUCCAUCAUCUUUUUAUCGGCGGUUUUGGAUUCCUCGUUAUUGUUUAUCUCCGCGGUGGAUUGGGCGAUUGUGUAUUCGGAUUUGUCUACCUAAUGGAGUUAUCGACUCCAUUUGUGUCCUUCCGCGGCAUCCUCUCCCGUCUGGGGCUGAAGUCUUCACGAGCUUAUCUUCUCAACGGCCUCGCCAUGUUGGCCACUUUCUUCGUAUGUCGUGUUCUAAGUCUGCCUUAUGUCUGUCUUAUGUACAGUCGAGUUAUUGGAUUACCCUAUUUUGAGGCUAUAAAAUCACUUCCCACUGGUUGUAAGAUCUCCAUCUGCAUUCUGCUCCUACCUCAACUGUACUGGUUCUACCUGAUGUCUGCGGGCGCGGUGAAGGUGUUCGUGGGCGGGGCGCAGUCGAGGGCGAAGUCCGGCGCUCCGCUGGCGGCCGGAGACAAUCACAAGCGAAGCUGAUGCAGGAGACGACGUAGAAACAAACAAACGUAAAACCUAUACAAGUAUGUUGUUGCACAUUUAAAUAUAUAGAUGGCGCUGAAUUUAAAUUAUUCAAUGUUGCGUUUAUGUUGAACAUAAAUGGUGUUAUUUUAU